AUGUCGCGAGGUAUCAUCUCAAGUCUCUCGGGGGUUGCGAGGCUGGUCAGGGUUCUGAGCUGCUGGUUGGAGACGCGUCGCUGCCUUGGCCUCCUCGCGUCCUUGAGGCUCAGAGGCUCUUCAGCCUUGCUGUCCCUUCGGAUCCAGGCGCUCAAGGGAAGGGCGUUGCUGUCCUGGCGACUGUCAAGCCUGUUGGGGCAUGUGGAGCAGCAGCAGCAGCUCUCGAGUCGCCUCGUGUCUGCGCAGGAGGUGAACUUGGACGAGCUUCGUCGCUGCCUGGUCAGCUUUGUGCUUCGCUUGUGGGUCGUCGGCAUGUCAGCGAGGAAGCGCCUGCAUGUGUCACUCUGUCAGCUUCAAGAAAGAAAGCAGCGGCACCUGCUCGCCGUGCUCCUGGAGGACUGGCAACGUCAGGCGCGAGUGAGUUGCUCGAGCUCGGAGGCUUCUCGAGAUCUAGACAAGGAGGAAGAGGAGGAGCUCGAGGAGCAGCAGCAGCAGCAGCAGCAGCGCACAACUAUCGGCCUCAAACUGCGAGGAUGCAAGGUGGAAGACGUGGCCAAGGGAGGGCCGGCAGAUCUGUCGGGCAUGUUCUUUCGGGGCGACAACCUCAUAGCCGCCGAGGGCUGCAUGCUCACAGACGACAACGUCCUUCAAGUGCUGCGAGGCAGCGACGUGCCCGGCACCUUCGUCAGCAUCCUCCUCGAGAAGUCUCACACGGGAGAAAUUAUCCACGUCCGCCUCAAACGAGAGCUCCAUGCUAUUCACUUCUCCCAUCGCCUGCGAGACGAGUUGCGAGCCAAGGAGGAGACGAUACUUGCGAGCGCUCAGAGGCUCCGAGACAUGGAGGCGAAGUUGGAGGAGAAGGAAGCGAACGAGAUCAGGAUGGAGGAAACGAUCCAGUCGCUACUGAGGAAGCUGAACGGAGAGGCAGGAAGUGAAGAUGGAGAUCAGCAGAAUCGCCGCGAGCUAUUGGGAAGGCAGGAGAUGCAAGACGCGUCGACUUGCACUCACGAAGAUCCUCCCGACGACGAGACUCGCCGGAUCCUCAAGAAAGUGUUGACGUCUCUGCGAUCCCUGCCCGCGCACCUCUCAUCGGUAGCUGGUCGGAUGCAUGUGACGGAGAUGCAAGGAGACGAUGCUUGUGCGGACAUGCAGGAGGAGGAGGCGACGUUGGAGGAUUUCGAUGUCAACACGAUCGUUGGAAGGUUGCUGGAGGCUGUGGAGACUGUGAGGGGCGAAGUGACGAAGAGGGUGGGAGAAGUAGUGAGAGAGUUGAGAGGGAUGGAAGAGAAAACAUCGCAGAUGGAGCAAGAUCGACAUCAUCUCAUCCUUGAUCGCGAUCGGAUGAGACGGAAAUCCGAGGAGAUCGAAAUCGAGAUGCAGCGCAAGGUGGCGGAGGCGGAGAGUGCGAGAGAGAUGGCGGAGAGAGGCAGAGAAGCGGCUGAGAAUGAGAGGACAAGAGGACGAGGAAGCAGAGGGGAUGCGAGUGAGCAGGUGGCACCUGAGCCUCAUCAGACGGAGCUGGAGGAGGAGACGGAGGAGACACUAGGGUACCGGAGGGGUGGGCUGACACGGCUCAAGGAUAUGCUGCUCCUGCCGUCCUCCUCCAAACCGAAUUCCGCGGGCUACAGGGGAGAGGAUCUGAGAAAUACAUUGAGCGUCAUCAGGAAGAUCUCUGUGGACAAGGGGCUGUGUGACGCCAUGCCAGGCAUUGCUGGGCCUGAGGCGUCCCUUCCCCUGGCUGAGUUCGUCUACUUGUGGUUCGGAAGCAACGCCGAGGCCUCCAGACUCUCGUCGCAUCCGAGGACGAGAGCAGACGCGGAGUGCUUCAAGUUCCUCGAGAGCCUCGUGCGGCUGCAGCAGGAGCACCCGGAGGUGGCCAACUUUCACUACCUGCUCAACUCCUGCACCAGCGACGAGGUGGCGUACUACAUGCUUGCCCGCAAGGUUCUCCUCGGGGCCUCCGUGAGCGCGCGAACAUGGCUGGAGGUAUCGAAGCCCGUGGUAGCGCAGGCCUGCGACUUGCUGAUCAUGCGGCAUGCGGAGAAUUCUUAUGCAGAGACCGUGCGGGAGGAGAUGAAGCGGGAGAUCUUGAGAGAAGCUGACCAGACGUCUGAGACUCUCGAGCCCUUCGCGUUCCUGGGGAGUCUGCUGAUGCUGUACAAGGAGGAGAAGAAGGAGGUCAGAAAGAUGCUCAAGCUUCUCUUCGACGCCGGCAAAGGCAUGCGGCACUUCUCUGAGCUCCACAAGCUGCGAGGGAUGUUGCAGUCCAUCGAGCCGGAGGUGCAGGACGAGGAGGUGGUGCAAGUCUACCAGCACGUGCGCAGCCUCAUGGAAGAGGACGAGGGUCAGCCCAUCUCCUUCCACAAGCUCUGGCUGGUCGUCGAGCGCUGCGGGCUGCUCAUUCGCCGUCAGCUGAUCGGAGUUCGCUCAGAGCCCGACAUCUCUCUCCUUCCCCGGCUCAAGCGAAAGUCUGCGAGCGUCGCCUCCACCUGGUCUGCGGUCAAGCCGCACGUGCACUCGAUGGUGCUGAAGCUGCGCAAGUCGAACUUGGCGAUCGAGAGGCGGUGGGGGAGGAUGGGGGAGGAGCAGGUGAAGCAGCUGGAGCAGCUGGAGGGGACGGAACGAGAGGGAAGCCAUCUCGUCGACAACCUCCGCAGAUUACUCGCCAACCUGAUACUCUGGCACAGCAUGCAGAAGGAGAUCCAUGCGGACAGGGCGGUGACAACCGCUGAUGCCGAGCUCCACAACCUCGCCCUGCUCGUGAUGCAUCGCAGUCGCAUGGAUGAGAGAAGCAGCUCCUUCGUCGCCAACUACCUGGGGGAACCUCCACCUGACCCGGACUCUCACUUCCCCGACAUCUCUACCGCACCACUGACGCCCGUCAAGCUCGCACCGAGAUCGCGGACGUCCAUGUACUGA